AGACAGAAAGGUCUUUGUAGUACGAAGUAGAGAAGAGACAUUGCUGGAAGUGGCAGCAGAGGAGAGGAGGAUGGAGGAGGACCGGAGUCACAUGACUGAGAAGAUGCUCAACCCUCACCCUGAAGAUCAUCUACCUGCUGACCGGAGAGGUGAGGAGGAUUCUGGGAGGUCACAUGACAUCACACAGACCUGACUGUGCCUCCCCCUCAUUCUCCGAUACCUGAGAGGAACAAAGAGCAGAAGAUCCUGGAACUGACCACCAUGAUGGUCCAUCUGCUGACAGGAGAGAGUGGAAUCUUCGGGGAUUAUAAAAUUGUCGUAAAAGAAGAGUAUAAAGAGGAGGAUGAGGAGUAUGGAGUGAUGGAGGAGUUUUCAGAAGGACACAAGGAUAUGAUGGAGCCACCUAAUACCAGGAACCCACCAGAGAGAUGUCCCCGUCCUCUGUAUUCCCAGGAUUCCACACGGGAAGGUCACACCAUCCCUCACCAUCAUCAGGGUGAAGAUCUGAUAGAUAUAAAAGUUGAGGUGAAAUCAGAAGAAGAAGAAGAGCAGUGUAUGGAGGAGGAUGGAAUAACGGGGACAUUUAUAGAGGAGGACACUCCUACAGAGAUCAGCACAGUCCAUGGCCGGGAGAUGAGGAAAACCUCCAAGAAUUGUCUCACUUUGUCUCCAGACUGGAAAGUACAAGAUGAGGACAUCACACAGUAUAGUCCAGGAGAAGACCCUUCAACCAAAAAUGUCCAUCUGGCACCACCCAGUGUAGAUGGACCAUCGGAUUCCUGGCAUCUUGUGGACCCUCAGAUUGUGCGGGUCCGGGCCGCCGCCUUCCAACAGAGAAGAGGUUCUCCUGUACUGUGUGCGGGAAGAGGUUUUCAUGGAAGUCCCAUCUUUCCCAACAUCAGACAUCUCACACGGGGGAGAAGCUGCAUUCCUGUACUGAGUGCGGGA